GAGCAGUCCAGGUGGAGCAACGAGGUGAGAGAGAGAAGAAGUGAGAGAGAAAGGGCGGAAGGUGGCUUAUAUGUACUCGGGGCUGGAGGGAGCCGCGGGGGUGUUUUUGUCUGGGAAUGGCAGGCACGUUUGUUGAUGGGCUGGGGAGGGAGCUGUGGUAAGCUCGGGGAAGCUUGGGGGGAACCUCUGGGCGGGGGAAGGAGGGUGGAGGGUGCAGGUAAGCGUGGGGAAGGCGCCACCUGCAUCACUAGCAGCAUCAACCUGCUAGCAACGGGGAGAGGUCUGGAGAUGAAGAAAAGAAAGGCACCGAAAUUUGCUACUCACCUGAAGAAGCUCGCCAAAGGGAGCCGUGUCUCUAGGUACAGAUGGUGUGUCCAACUCGUCCCAGCCUGUCCAGUGAAUUCAAUCGCCUCCCUUGCGGUGUGCGAGAGGCUCUCCUGGUUGCAGAAGGAUUCUUCUGGAAAGGUUCAGGCUGCGCUCUUGUGGGAGGUCCAAUGCGUUGGCAAUACGAACCUUCUGUGGAAGGAGAGGAGGGCUCGGCAGGCGGUGAAAGGUGACGACAGGCGCGAUUGGAUGGCUGUAUGUUGCUCUGUGCUGCAGAGGCGAGUGGCACAGCGGGAAGAAGCAAUGGCUGUCUGCGAGGCGCGAGGGGGGCAGCGCGGGUUGUUUGCAAGACGGUGUGGGCGUGGCAAGAUGGGGGGAACGUCAAUUGAGGUGGGAGAUGUUGUCGUUUUUGUAGUGUGAAUGACUUGUAUGGAUUACCUAGCUAGAGCGCAUCAUCAUGUCCUCUAUCAUGGCACUAUUCCGACCCGCGCUAACCCGACCCGCCAUCGGUUCCGACUUGGAAAAGGCUCAGGCUCAGGCACCCAAGCAUGCAGGGCUCAACAAGCUCUCGAUAACGGAUAACGGAUGACGGAUGCCGUUACUGCACUGCCAUAUUAAUACCGCAGAAGGCGCAGCCCAACACGCACGACAUAUGGGCAUUUGGCAUUUCGGCCUCGGAGCGGGCCUGAU